AUGGGAGAGUCUUUUUCCUCCGAUCAUGAUCAUCAAGAGAAUUCCCUGUUAUCCUUCAAUACAAAUAAUCAUUCCAUCCAUUCUACAUUCUCUUCCUCUAUUGGAAUGAAUCAUACUUGCGGAAUUGUCGCAUUUGUUUCCAAGAAGGAACCUGCAAGGGAUAUUCUCAUGGAUGGACUCUCAAUCCUUCAAAAUAGAGGCUACGACAGUGCAGGUAUUGCAACCAUGAGAAAAGAUCCCUCUUCUGAUCAAUUCACGUUCCAUACCACGAAAUAUGCCAGUUCACAAACCACCAGUGAUGCCUUGAAGAGACUUCGGGAGACUCUUCAUACUCAUGGCAAUGAUACCAUUGGUAUUGCUCACACCAGAUGGGCUACUCACGGAGCUAAAACCGACAUUAAUGCUCAUCCUCAUAUGGAUCAAUCGGGACGAGUCAUUCUCGUGCAUAAUGGUGUGAUUGAAAAUUCGGGAGAAUUGAAAAAAGAUCUCAUUGAAAAGCAUGGCAUCAAGUUUAAGAGUGAGACUGACACGGAAGUUAUUGUUCAACUUAUUGGAGUUUAUUUGGAUGAAAUGCUUAAGGAGGGAAUCAAGUCGGAUGUGGUCGAGAAGGCAGUUCUCAAAGCAACUAAACAUUUGGAAGGAACUUGGGGUCUUGUAAUCAUGUCUACGGUCGAACCAGAUCGUUUGGUGGUUGCUCGUAAUGGUUCUCCACUUUUGGUGGGUGUCUCACAAGGCAAAAUGUUUGUUGCGAGUGAAAGUUCUGCAUUCGCUCUCUACACUCGAGAAAUGAUCAGUUUGGAAAAUAAUGAAAUUGCUGUUAUUACGGCCGAUGGUGUCACAUUGCCAUACGAAAGAAAAAUUGUUGUGGAGGAGGAAAAGAUUGAAAAAUCACCUCACCCUCAUGCUCAUUGGACUAUUCGUGAAAUUUUGGAACAACCAGAAGCAAUUUCAAGAUCUUUGAACUUUGGUGGAAGAAUUAGUGAUGACAGUCAUGUCAAGUUGGGAGGUUUGGAUGACAAUAGAGAAUGGCUCUCUGGAAUUGACCACUUGGUUAUUGCAGCAUGUGGAACCAGUUAUUAUGCAAGCUUGUAUGGAGCUCAAAUUUUCCGUGACUUGAAAUGUUUCAAAACUGUUCAAGUCAUUGAUGGUGCCGAGUUGGAAGAGUCUCACUUUUGUCCUGAAAAUUCUGGUCUCUUGGUUCUCUCACAAAGUGGAGAAACUGCCGAUGUGUUGCGAUGCAUUUAUAUUGCAGAACAAUUGAACAUUCCAAGAUUUUCGUGUGUAAAUCGUGUUGGAUCAACCAUUGCUAGAACUACCAAGUGUGGUGUGUACAUUAAUGCUGGUCGUGAGACAGCAGUUGCCUCAACAAAGGCCUUCUCUUGCCAAGUCACAGUAUUGGCCUUAAUAGGUUUGUGGUUUGCACAAAACAAGUCACCAAUAUUCCAACUUCAACACAGACAAGCUCUCAUUCAAUAUCUCCAUCGUUUGCCCACCUGUGCCGGAAUGGUACUGAGUAGAGUGAGAGAAAAGUGCAAGGAAGUUGCACGACACAUUUUCAACAUGAAGGGAAACACUUUAUUCUUAUUGGGUAAGGGAUAUGGUGAAGCUGUUGCCUAUGAAGGUUCAUUGAAGAUUAAGGAAGUGACCUAUACUCAUGCUGAAGGAUACUCUUCUGGAGCUUUGAAACAUGGACCUUUUGCUCUCAUUGAACCUGGUACCGUGAUUUUUGUUUUCGUUCUCGAUGAUAAAUAUUUCAAGAUGAACAUGACUGCGGCUGCUGAAAUUAAAUCAAGAGGCGCCUACACUGUUGCAAUUACUGACAUUCCAAACAAGCUCUCAAAGGAUGAAGUUGAUUAUGUGAUUGAUGUUCCAUCGAAUGGAACAUUUAGUGCUCUCUUGGCAAAUAUUCCAGUUCAAUUGGUUGCAUACGAGUUGGCUUUAUUGCGUGGUCAUGAUCCUGACAAGCCAAGAAAUUUGGCCAAGACUGUGACUGUUCUUUAA